UCUUCGGGAAGCAAAACCCUCGUAAGACGUUCGCUCUCUCUCCGCGACAGCGGGCGGCCAACCCUCCUCGCCUUUCGUUCCUGGCUUAUUAUUCGGCCGAAGGCAGGCGAAGCUCGAGUCUCUUUUCUUCGCUUCCGACGUCGAUCGCGCUUUUGUUUGUGCCUUCAGGUGUAAGAAGCUAUCACCGUGCUCUGUUCCUGGUGUCGUCGAGCCGAUGGCGGCUAGGGUUUGGAGGGGCUCUGCGAAGGACGCGUUGCUCAAUAAGCUCAAAUAUAUAUACGGCGUGGGGCCAAGGCGAUUUAGCGCUACCUUCGAAGCUGCCGCCGGUGGCGCUCCGAGGAUCCCACAUUCGUCUAAGAAGGGAAGGUUUUUAACUGGAACCAUGAUAGGCUUGGCUAUAGCUGGAGGAGCUUAUGUCAGUACUGUAGAUGAAGCCACAUAUUGUGGGUGGCUGUUUAAGGCUACCAGGAUUGUCAACCCAUUUUUUGCACUGCUAGAUGCAGAGGUUGCUCAUCGUCUGGCAGUAUCUGCUGCUGCUCAUGGCUUUGUUCCCAGGGAAAAACGACCUGAUCCGACAAUAUUGGGUCUUGAAGUCUGGGGACGGAAGUUUACUAAUCCCAUUGGACUAGCUGCUGGUUUUGAUAAAAAUGCUGAAGCAGUUGAAAGUUUAUUAGGUUUAGGAUUUGGUUUUGUUGAGGUUGGCUCAGUCACCCCCAUGCCUCAAGAAGGAAAUCCUAAGCCACGUAUUUUCAGACUGCCAAAGGAGGGUGCUAUAAUAAACCGCUGUGGGUUCAAUAGUGAAGGCAUAGUGGUGGUUGCGAAGCGUCUUGGUGCCCAGCAUGGUAAGAGGAAAAUGGAAGAAACUUCAAGUACUUCCCCUUCAUUGACCGAGGAAGUCAAGCAUGGAGGGAAAGCAGGUCCUGGCAUCUUGGGAGUCAAUAUUGGCAAGAACAAGACAAGUGAAGAUGCUGCUUCUGAUUAUGUUCAAGGAGUUCAUACUUUAUCACAAUAUGCUGAUUACUUGGUUAUAAACAUUUCUUCACCAAAUACUCCUGGUCUUCGCAAACUUCAGGGAAGAAAACAGCUCAAAGAUCUAGUUAAAAAGGUGCAAGCUGCUCGUGAUGAGAUGCAAUGGGCAGAGGAGGGACCACCACCCUUGGUUGUAAAAAUUGCUCCAGACUUGUCUAAAGAGGACAUUGAGGAUAUUGCAGCUGUUGCUGUUGCUCUCCACCUGGAUGGACUGAUCAUAUCAAAUACAACAGUUUCGAGGCCUGAUCCUGUAAGUAAUCACCCAUUAGCUGGAGAAUCUGGGGGUUUAAGCGGAAAGCCACUCUUUGAUAUGUCCACCAACAUUCUCAAGGAGAUGUAUAUUCUAACUCGGGGGAAGAUUCCACUCAUAGGUUGCGGAGGUGUAAGCAGUGGUGAAGAUGCAUACAAGAAAAUUCGAGCUGGAGCAACACUUGUCCAGCUGUAUACAGCUUUUGCCUAUGGUGGACCAGCAUUAAUUCCACAGAUAAAGGCUGAACUGGCGGAGUGCUUGGCAAAAGAUGGUUUCAAGUCUGUUCAGGAAGCAGUCGGUGCAGAUUGUAGAUAAACAUUGCAAAGUAAGUGCGAAGUAACGACUGCGGUGAAUGCUUUUGCUGAUUGCAAGCACCACACAACCGAUUGAUUGUCUUAUGAGCCAUCUUGUCUUAACAAGGUCAAAAGUACAACUUGCAAGGAAUUAAGAGUUGGUGGUGCCACAUGUGUUUGACUAUCUAGUAUCGGCUAAUAAGUUGGCCUUGAAUUCCGUUUUAUCUCUUGGAACUUUGUUCCUUCAAAACUAUGUAGUUUUAUCUGUUACAGACAGCUUCCAAAGGCAUACCAGGAGACCGUCAGAUGACUCCAAAAUUUUUGUAAUGUUGCUUUUGUUUGUACCACCACCAAAUAGUUUCAUGAUACAGAUGGCAGAGCAGAGCGAGGGAAAAACUCUUUAUGGCCCUUGAAAAUGUGCGAUUGCGUUGCAUGAAACUAAUGGAAGUUCUCACUCCUUAUUA